AUGCCCAUUGAGCCCCUAGAGACGGUGUUGCGACUGCAGGCGAGAGUCGUGGAAGGCUUUGGCCGCGGUGGCAAACAGCUCGGAUGUCCUACUGCUAAUCUCUCGCGCGAGGACUUGGGCGACCUCUUGGAUCAAUUGCCGACGGGUAUCUAUUGUGGCUGGGCCACGGUGGACGAUAAAGGCCCGUAUAAGGCUGUCGCUAGUAUUGGCUGGAACCCCUAUUUUAAAAAUAAAGAGAAGACGGUGGAGCCCCAUUUGUUGCAUAAGUUUGAGCAAGAUUUCUAUGGUGCACAACUCAAGUUCCUCAUUGUCGGCUACAUCCGCCCGGAGAUGAAUUACUCGUCGCUCGAGUUGCUGAUCAAGGCUAUCCAGGAUGAUAUCGCACAGUCGGAAGAGUGGCUGGAUAGCCAGGAGGACAAGUCCUGGUCGCAGGACGCGUUGUUUCAGUAG